CUCUACUUUCUUGUAAAAGCAUCCGAAACUACAAGGCUAGAACAUUCCGUGACAGGUGCAGUAUUCUGUGUCCCCUCCCAGCUUUCUAUUCAAGCUCGCUGGAGCAACUCAGUGACCCUGGAGGGGGUUAGAAGUGAUGGAUAGCAAAGGUAGCUCCCUGCCUUCAAUGCCCGAACCAGCCAAUCCGAUCAGCAUGAAGCAACCACCGGAGUCCCUCAGUGUACGGAAAGGUCGAGGGGAUAUGAGUAGUGACCCGACUAUGCUAAUGGACAAAGCUGCUGCACAGCUGGCUGCCACACUACAAGACAGCGUUCUUCAGAAGAUGGCUGGCCAUAACAACCACAGUCACGACAGGCUCAAAGACCUCACCUCCCGCAUGCUCAACGGUGACCAAGACUCGCUGCCCGAGCUUUGUACCCCUGAGCCACCUAUGUUCAGGGGUGCCGAAGCGCCUGCCACAAAUGGCACCCAUCAGCACAACUGUACUCCUCACACUGAAGCUGAACUAACAGUAACGAUACCCCAAGUGGUCACGCAGCCGUUAUUUGAGCCAUGUUGUGCCAAUGGGACCAGUUUGGCCACAGCCGCUGAAGGUACUAUAUCUGGAACCGAUGAGAGGCAGGAUAUGAAGAAAAGGAGGGGGCGAACUGUCAAACCAAAUCCUCAAACAAACUUAAAUCCCUCUGACAUCCAAGUGGAGCCUCCUGGCCACACAAACAUUGUGGAGGGAACUGAAGAGACUGAUGAGCCUGAGAACAGGUCAGAGUUGAAAGAGGAAGUAAAGGAACAGGCUCCUUUGGUGAGCCGCUUCUCCGUUGGGGAUCUGGUUUGGACAAAGGUGUCAGGAUACCCCUGGUGGCCCUGCAUGGUGACCACAGACCCAGAACUGAACAAUCACUUUAAACAGAAACAGAAAACCAAUGGGAGGUCAGGUCUCCUUUACCACGUGCAGUAUUUUGGAGAUGCCCCAGAGAGAGGCUACAUCUUUGAGAAGAACAUGGUGUCCUUCACUGGUGAGGAUCAAUACCAAGAGCUUAGUCGGAGCAACAAACAGCCGGCCUCCCGUAUCAACCAUAAAAAGACAACUCCCUCUGUGCCGCGUAAACUCCAGGCUCAGUGGAACAUGGGCAUCAUUCAGGCCAAGGAGGCACUCGACAUGUCCCUGGAUGCUCGCAUGGCCAACUUUGGAUUUCUGUAUGACGACGACGGGCCUCAUCUGAACCUCCACAUCUUGGAGAAGUUAAAGCCGGAACAAAGCAACAAGCUGAACCAGAAAGCAGAGAACAGGCUUAGCCCAGAUCUCCCCCUCCAACCGAAUUCCUCAAAAUCUGUAUCAGGUAAACAAGGUAAACCAGUUGUACCUCAGAAGAAAAAGAGAAUAUCCAAACCGGGUCACUCUCCCACCAAGACAGCGAGGAGAAAGAAAACGUCUGCAGCGGACAACACUUCAGAGCCCGUGAAGAAGGGGAAAACAAAGGAGGUCUCUUCAACAAAUGAUGUUUCAGAAGUGGCCUCACUUCCAGUUUCAGUUCCAGUGAAAAAGGAACGAAAGAAGAAGAAAAGGCCGUUAACAGAUGCUGUGGCAGACAAGGAUCAGCAGUCUAAAAAGAGAUCCAAACCAAGCAAAGAUACUCAAAAACAGGCUUCGACUUCAGAAGGACCGGCGAAAAAGCGGAGAAGGUGGACAAAGAAAACCGACGUAAAGGAUGCAAAAGAACCCAGGAAACAUCUGAAGAAGUCAAAAAGUCCCCUGACUGAUGACCAAGAGGCAGAGAAACCAAAGCGCAAGAGAAAAAGGAAACAGGAUGGAAUGAAUCAGGCCACACCCUCCAAGGCAAAGAAGAGGCGUUCCUCCCCGUGUCCUGAUCCCGAGGGUUCUGGGAGUGAAGGACGCCCUGAAUCUCCGAGUGACAGCUUAGACGGGACAAAGAAGGGUGAACGCAAAAAAGAGUUUGUCUGUCAGAUGUGUGAGCAGGCUGGUGAGGACCUGGUGCCCUGUGAGGGUCAGUGCUGCGGGAUGUUCCACCUCCACUGUCUCGAUCAGACUCUCAAACCUGACGACAAGCUGUUGUGUCAGGAGUGUAGCACAGGAAUUCACUCGUGUUUCAUUUGUAAGAAGUUGGAGGGUGAGGUCCGGCGCUGCCACGUCCCACACUGCGGCAAAUUUUACCACGAAGCGUGUGUCCGCCUCAACACCCUCACGGUGUUUGACAACAAGGGCUUCCGGUGCCCGCUACACACCUGCCUGAGCUGCCACUACGGCUGCCGCACAAAGCACAAGUCCAACAAAGGCAGGUUGAUGCGAUGCCUUCGAUGCCCAGUAGCGUACCACAUCGGCGAUCAGUGUGUGGCUGCAGGAAGUGAGAUGAUCACCAACACUGCCAUCAUCUGCACCAACCACUUCAACGCCAAGAAGGGCUACAGCCACCACAGUCAUGUCAAUGUCAGCUGGUGCUUCGUCUGCUCCAAAGGGGGACAGCUGUUGUGCUGUGAGUCCUGCCCGGCAGCUUUUCACCCUGACUGCCUGAAUAUCGCUAUGCCGGAUGGGAGCUGGUUCUGCAACGACUGCCGAGCCGGAAAGAAACCCAAGUACAGGGACAUCAUCUGGGUCAAACUGGGAACAUACCGAUGGUGGCCAGCAGAGAUCCACCACCCAAGAAACAUUCCCACCAACAUCCAGCAUCUUCGACACGAGAUCGGAGAGUUCCCAGUCUUCUUCUUUGGCUCCAAGGAUUACUUCUGGACUCACCAGGGCAGAGUAUUUCCCUACAUGGAAGGCGACAGGGGAAGCAAACAUCAGAGGAAUGGAAUUGGCAAAGUCUUCAAGAAUGCUCUGCUGGAGGCCGAAACUCGAUUUAAGGAGAUAAAGAUAAAGCGAGAGGCUAAGGAAGCGCAGGAGAACAGCCGUAAACCUCCCCCAUAUAAAUUUAUCAAGGUCAACAAACCUGUCGGCAAGGUUCAGGUGUACACCGCAGACAUUUCUGAGAUCCCCAAAUGUAACUGCAAGCCAUCUGGCGAGCGGCCGUGUGGGUUUGAGUCAGAGUGCUUGAACCGCAUGCUGCAAUACGAGUGCCACCCUCAGGUGUGUCCCAGUGGGGAGCGCUGCUGUAACCAGGACUUCACCAAACGUCUGUAUCCAGAGACCAAGAUUAUCAAGACCCCUGGCAAAGGUUGGGGCCUGAUCUGCCUGCGCGACAUCAAGAAGGGUGAGUUUGUGAACGAGUACAUUGGAGAGCUGAUCGACGAGGAGGAGUGCAGGGCGAGAAUCAAAUACGCCCAUGAAAACAACAUAACCGACUUCUACAUGCUCACCAUUGACAAGGACCGAAUCAUCGACGCUGGCCCGAAAGGAAACUACUCUCGCUUCAUGAACCACAGCUGUCAGCCCAACUGUGAGACACAGAAGUGGACGGUAAAUGGUGACACACGUGUCGGCCUGUUCGCCGUCUGCGACAUCCCAGCAGGCACUGAGUUGACUUUUAACUACAACCUGGAUUGUCUCGGCAACGAGAAGACCGCGUGCCGCUGCGGCGCGCCCAACUGCAGCGGAUUUCUUGGUGACCGACCGAAGAACUCAAAUGGCCAAACAGCUGAGCCAAAAGGAAAGAGGUUGAAGAGAAAGUAUAAAAAGAGGAAAUCGGAGGGAAAGAAAAAAUCUGAGGACGAGUGUUUCCGCUGUGGAGACGGAGGGCAGCUGGUGCUCUGCGACAAGAAGACCUGCACCAAAGCUUAUCACCUGUCCUGCCUGAACCUCACCAAGAGACCGUUCGGCCGCUGGGACUGCCCCUGGCAUCACUGUGACGUCUGUGGGAAAAAUUCUGAAGCCUUCUGCCAACUCUGCCCCAACUCUUUCUGCAAGGCUCACCAGGAGGGGGUGCUGCGUCCCUGGCCCCCCACAGGACAGCUGUGCUGUAUGGAGCACGAAGAGCUGGAGGGAGGCGACAGCCACACCCAGGAAAUCGACUCGGAGAUGAAAACGGCCGCCGGCGUCAGUCGUGCCUCUAAAAGCUCCAAGAAGGCGGAGGGAGCAGAGGGCAAAACAAAGGGCUCCAAGAGAAAAGCCGCAGACACCUGAAGUGACCUUUCAGAGCCAAAAACACCAAACCAGACUCGGGCCCCCUUCUUCCCCAUCCACAUAUAGUGUUUUUACAGGAACCAAGGUACUGUACAUCUUUGUUAUCAGGGAAAGCCGCUGAUCUCUCACAUGCUCAGCAAUGGCUCAUCGCUCAAGAGUCUUUUUGUUUUUUACCUUUGAAAUUUUCAGGCUUUUUUUGUUUUGUUUGUUUUUUUCCCCUCUCCCCCCGCCUCCUCUGCAUUGAGGCGAACCAUCUGUGGUGAAGCACAAAUCAGCAGAGCAAGCACAGGUCCGGACACUCAUUCCUCCAGAAACCAAACAGCCUCUUCUCUUACUGUCAGCUUGUUGGUUUGUUUUUCCUCGUAUAUAACAGAAGAAAUGAGCUGGCGUCUGCAUUAACACUGAUCCAGCCAGGACUGAAACCAAGUGCCAGUGUCACCGUCUAACUUGAACCUCAGUCGGGCCCCCUCCUCUCACUCAACACGGAUUAUCUUGAACAGCAGAGUUUUAUAGCUUAUAUCUAUAUGUGUAUAUCGAAGACCAAAAGUAUAAUUACUGGAGUAGUGUAAGACAUCACACAGGUUGCCAAAUGGAUUGUUUUUAUUUUUAUAUAUAGUAUAUAUAUGCCAGAUGUAAUAUGGAACACCAAGACACUAUGGAUAGGCGUCAGAUGACCUCUUUUGUUUUUGUAGCCAUAGAUGACCUGUAACUGUAGACGUGUGCUGUUGUUUUUGUUUUAGCUCAGUUUGAACUUUUUUUUUAAAUAAUUUUAUGAUUUAUUAUUUUUUUAUUUGAGUUUAUUUGUGAAACAAAGAUGUUGAACAGUGUGAAGCAUGUCCAGUAAAUGAGGGAUUACAGAAGGUAUUAAAAAUGAGAGCAGUCUGAAAACUGCCCUGUGACUUUAAAAAAACAACAACAAAAAAACACUACUUGGAGGAUUUCCAGGUCUUAAAUACUCUGUUCGAUGAUGAGCCACAUUCUCAAAGGAAUGACGGUGACUUUUCGGGUCAGUUCAGAGUCCUUAAGGUGCUCGCUCUCUCUCUCUCUCUCUCUCUCUCUCUCUCUCUCUCUCUCUCUCUCUCUCUCUCUCUCUCUCUCUCUCUCUCUCUCUCUCUCUCUCUCUCUCUCUCUCUCUUUUCUUUUUUUAAAUAUCCACUGUAGUGUCUGAAAUCUGAUCUCCGCAGAUUUUAGGCUGGAGAUAUAAUAAUCCUGUCUGAAAGCCGGGCUUUUUAUCGACGUAAUCUGAGAUUUAAAAAAAAGAAACUUUUUUUUUUUCUUUCUUUCUUUCUUUUUUAAAUCCUCCGGAGGUUUUUGUCUCAGAACUGCAGUCCGGUUAUUAUUUAACACUCACACUGGCAGACGACAGCACACUGGCUAACGUAAUGCAUCUUAAUAUUUGACGUGUACUUUUGUCGCAUUUAACGAUGAGCCCUGAGGGCUACGUGUCAGACACUUGGCUGAGCAUAAAACUGCUAAAAUACUUUGCCCGUGUUUGGCUGAUGCAAGUUUCAUAACCUCACCCUGCAGACGGUGUAAGGAUGGGCACAGCCACCAUGUCCCCCUAGUCCCAAAACGAGGCCUGAAGCUGAGGGGUUUUUCAAAAUGUUGAUGUUCCGAUACGAGACGUGACGAGUCGCUGUCAUUGGCCGAUGACUGCCAGCGUUUGCUGAGGUCACAGAGUGAGGGAGCUCAGUGCUUCUGUUAGAUUGUGCAGCAUUUCACUAGAAUGCCUAAAAGCAAGUCCUGAUAUUUGUGCAGGGGGGAGUCUCUGCAUUUUCCUUCUGCACCGGAAAGCAUCAGCCAAGCCACCAACACCCUCACCCCACCCACCCAAUUUUUAUUUUUUUCCCCUGAAGGUGUUAAAACAGCGUUCCCACAGGUGUAUCUUCAUGUAUGUAAUGAUUUUCUUUUAUUUAAAGUGCUGAGCUGAGCCAAGUCUGACAAUAUAGAGCUCUGAAACCACUGCUUCUGAAACGCGCACACACACUUGGGAGGGAAGAGCACAAUCAGGUUGCUGUAAUCAUGUGACACCUUCACACUUUUGCCAGUUUUUGCCUGAAAAGUGCUGAUUAUGCUUCCUGAGCGGAUUUGACGUAUUUUAGGUAUCGCUGCUGCUGCUCUCUUUGAGUCGGUCACGAGGCUGCAGACAUUUGCUUGUGCCUUUAACUUCACAUUUGUCUGACUUUAAAUUCUCUCUUCCAAACAGGUCGCUUGUUUCAGCAACUUUUUUUUUUUAAUCUCUUAAAAAAAAAAAAAAGACUCAGAAGCAGAUUUUACUUGUAUACAUCCAUCAGGAGGCUGUUCUCUUGUUUUUGUUUUUUCAAUAACUGCACUUUUUUCUUUUUUUUUUUGGUAAAGUUUUCCCCCAGGGCAUGUGACUGGGACGUGUCCAAAUGUUCAGCAAGUAUUUUUGACUUCCUAUGUUAAUGAUCUUCAUCCUAACCUUGAUUUAUUGUUCCGUUGAGUGAAUGUAGUCCAACCAGUUCCUUUUUUCUUUUUUUUUUCUUUUGAAAGCACUGUAAUUUCCUGUAGAGCUCAAGUGUAAUGCGUGUAGGGGUUUCAUUCUGUAACUACUGUCAUAGUAAACCAGACUAAUAUGUACAUAAUGUAUAAGUGGUAAUAGUGAUGCAUUUAUUGUAAAUAUACAAGUUUGUGUCCUUUUUUUUUUUUUUCUUCCUCCCCUUGAUGCAGUGCUGAAACACUUUUGUGCAGGAUCUCACGUCAGCUGAAUCGUGCAAUAAAAAGUGGUUGAACAUG